CAUAACCCGUGAGCUCUGUAUCAUCAAUAAUACUAUUCAUGCACAAUUUAAAUAUUCAACCAACAAUAUUUUCCAAAAACAAUAUCAAGCUUUCAAAUUUGGACUUCAACUCUUCUCAUUGGGGGAUUCCCUUCUCGAAGUACCCACGAAAAAGUCCCCAGUCUACGUGUUCUUCAUUCUCCACCAACGAACAACCACGUGCGACGUGUGAUAACACUUAAAAAGAAAAUUAUUCAAAGUUGAAAUUCAAAAGACCACAUACAAUUCCAAUACCCUCCACCUCAUACCCUGCAUAUAUAAACCCAAUCAUCCACCUUCCCACCCUUCAACCAAACAUCUGCAUCUCAUUAAACCUUCUCUAUAACCGUCGUUUCGCUUUUCUUACCAAAACUCAAAACGCAAACGCAUCACACUCACUAAAAUGCAAGCCGUUUCAAGCUCACUUACGCCCUCCGUGUUUAGGGAUUCUUCUCACGAGUUCGCCGAGUCUUCUGGAAAGUUCGAACAUGAUUUCAUUGCAAAACUCAAAAUCCACGAACAUAAAAACGAACAAGAGCACAACGAAGGUGAGGUAGAACGACAAAACGAUGACGAAGAAGAGGACGAGGAGGAAUUUAGCUUCAUGCUUGUGAAUUCCGACGGAUCGCCGAUCUCCGCCGACGACGCCUUCGACAACGGCCAGAUUCGUCCGUUGUUUCCUAUUUUCAACCAGGAUCUUCUCUUCUCCGAGGAUUACGAUGGCGGCGUCCACCCUCCGCUCACUCUAUUCGUCGAACAUCAGGAAGAGUCGCUAUCGCCGUCGCCUUCGGCGACGGACAAACUUACGGCGGCUCCACCGCCGGAGGGAUCGUACUGCGAAUGGAAUCCAAAGUCUGCGGUGAAGAGCAACUCCACAGGAUUCUCGAAGCUGUGGAGAUUCCGCGACGUGAAACUGCGAAGCAACAGCGACGGGAAGGACACGUUCGUGUUCUUGAACCACGCGCCGGCGGCGAAGCCAGCGGAGAAGGCGAGAAACGUGGUGGUGAAGAAGGUUGAGGUGAAGAAGGGGAAAACGACAGCGUCGUCUGCGCACGAGAAACAUUAUGUGAUGAACAGAGCAAGGAAAGAGAACGAUAAACGCAAGUCCUACUUACCGUACCGCCAAGAUCUGUUCGGGUUCUUCGCCAAUUCCCACGGAUUGAGCAGGAAUGUUCAUCCUUACUGAGAAUCAUUUUUUUCUCUUCUCAUUGAUUCAAAAAAUUUAUUGAUUUGUACGUAAAUAAUUGUUUGAAGUUCUCCAACCUAACUAGGAAAUUAAUUAUCUCUUGCUAUAGUGUAAUUAUAAUUUAAUUAAUAUUCUAGAGUUUAAUUUUGUUGACUUAUUAUAUGUUUUUUGUGGAAAGAGAUAACCAGAGAAUUACAACCAGCGAUAUUA